GUGUUGAUGAACUAGAGAGCAAUUCCCAACUGUAAGCUUCUUAAGUAAUUACCAGAAGAGGUGCGAUCUUGACAAAUUUUAGCAACGCCUACGUAGCGUUCGUUUAGCCUAUAAAAAUAGGGAAAUGCUGCCUGAUCGCACAGUCUAUCUUAGCGCACUGAAAAGCAAACAGACCCUUUAAGGCGAACAGGUCUUCUCCAUACGCUUAUGUAACCUUACUCAACCUUACUACAGUACCACAUACCUUCUGCGACUGAUACUAGUAGUGUAAAGCAAGCGGUUGUUUCUUUUAACCUACAAGAAUUGUUUGGAAACGAAUGGUUCUGUCACAGAAUAUAAAAAAACUUUUUCACGCACUUUAUUACUUGUUUAAUAUGUUCUACACAAAGCAGUUAAUCCAUAAUUCAGUCAAUUCUGUGCAAUUACGGUCUCUGGUUAAACCGUCACCAUCGAACAAAUCACAAAAUGCUUCGGUAAGCGAAGUUUCACGUGUAGAUUCACGUGACUUUUGAUUCCUUUGUUGGAGUUUAGGCUUCUUCCAUCCCUUCAGAUUCUUCAGGUGUUUGAAACUCGAAUAUUUCCCGUUGCAAACUGUGCAAGCAGAAGAAUGAAAGUGAUUUUUACGCCAUGAGUCUGGCAGAAAGAACUUUAAAAUUGCAUAUUUAUACAUACAUUCCCGCACAGACGUCCUUAACAUUAGCUAAGCAUAACAUGCGACUUACCCGGUUUAGUACAUCUGGGAUCACAAAGACUGAGCGAAUGUUAUCAGUAUCACUAUCAACGCUACGUGUAUGCGCACGAUUCCUUGAAAUCAAUUUACAGUGGAUAAAAGAUCCAUCGCUAAAAGCUAUUGAUGAAGUGUUUUAAAAUGUGGCAUCGCAGGUCACUUAAUAACCUUUUAAGCUAUGCAAAGUAAACAUGACUCCACACUGGUCUUACGCACUCGAUUUGUGCUUUUGCAGUCUACUUCUAUAGCCAGAGAAGGUUAGGACGGUACCAACUGUCGAAUUGAGCGCCGUUGUGAUCAAUCUUUUCCAUCGAAUCUUCGAUCGAGCAGCGCGGACCUCCAGUCACCACACCACAAAUUUUCGCUGAAAGAAGCGCAGAAUCAAUCUAGAUUACUUUUUCUGCCCUUUCUUUCGUCCCGAGAGGGGGGGGGGGGACUCCCAUAUGAAACAUGUCGUAUUUGUGUGUUUUUAAGCGGUCUCUUUUAGGGGUCAAAAUUUGCUUAAGCCAUGCCCAGAUGGUCUCCUUUAGGGGUUAAAUUCAAAAUUUCCGACGAGCAUCCCCGUCUGUUUCAUAUGGGAGUCACCCCCCGGCCUUUCGUCUAGUAAGUGUUAACUCACAACUAAUGGACAAAAGGUCUUACCCAAAGCGUGGGUUCCAUCAAAGACUCCGACUCCAAGGAAGUCCACAGAGAAUUAUGACAUUUUCGAUCACAGUUAUAAUUAGCAAGAGCUUUUACACCAUACCCUGACUACUUGCUUUUUAAGGCAUUGUUUGGAGAUUUUGUGAUAGCUUGGGCCGGAUAAGUUGGGUUGAGAUUGGGUCGCACUUGGCAAAGUUUUGGGAGAAUUUGUUUACCUUGCGGUAGAAAUCUGUCAUCGGUGGACAUUGCUAAGUGCGACCCCGAGUUUUCAAAAUAGAAAAAACUUUGAAAAUCGGCAAAAACAUCAAAGACGCCGUAGUGCUUGGGCGGGGCAGGCAGAUUUUGGAAAACUCGAGCUAACAAUAGGAAUCACAGCGGUAACUGUCAGCGCCUUGUCAUGAACGUGAUCCAUUUGAAACACGAUCAAUUUAAAAUAAACGCGGUCGAAUUUUCAGACCUUCGCGAAGAGGCUUCUACUCGGCUAUCCUUCGCCAUUUCAAGUUUUUUUCGAAAACUCUCUACAGGCAAGGACUUCACUCGCUUAUAAAGCUUCGCUAUUUUAACGUUUUUAAGGGAACUAGCUCUAUGGAAGGCGAACCAGUUGAGUUCCCGUCUACGCAAGCAAACACUUCACAGGUUUGUUAUUCCCCAAGCCAAAUGCACUAUUCGCAUCCAAGCACUUUCUGGUCUUCUUUAUCUGUCCCAUCCUCCUGAAACUGGGAAUGGAGGAAAAAGAUCCUUCGACAAAGGUUCGGACGAAGAAGAGAAAAAUGUUUUCUGGUUUUCUGUUCUUAAGUUCUCGAUGUGUCAAAGCAAAAAUUAUUAACUCCCACUAAUGCGACCCUCCUCGGUUGGACUAAAAGUUUUCUUUUCCGGUUGCGGUUUCGAAUUUUUGUGGUUUUUUAGCCGGCAAAGAUGAAAACUUUUCCCAAGUGCGACCCAUGCCAUUUUUUAUACUCCUGUGCCGUUGAGGCCGGAAUUUCCAUGUAGCUCUUCGACCUCUUCCAAAUCCUUGAAUUUAUAUGCAUUUGAGCCUUGGUACACGAAAGACAUCCUCCUCGAUCUGCAGAAUUCUUCAUAUAAUGCUUAGCCUUAUUCGCUAAUUGUCAAAUAUAUAUAUAGAAAUAUCAGGCCCGUGGAAAUAUAUACCUUAUUAUGGGGAAUAGGCCUUGUCACGGUUUUUGACGCCAUCUUGAAACGCGAGAAAUUACAGUGUUUUUAUGAGAAUCCAAUUUCGAAUAAUUUCCGUAAAAUGGCUGUUCUGAAAAAAAAUAUGAUUUGUAAACUAAACCUUCAUUCCUAAGGACCCUACUGAAAAAAUUUGAGGGCGUUACAUGCACUAGAAAACCUACAACCACUUUUUAAAUUUCCUAUGCAUUUGUCUGUAAGAAAGUCCCGGGAAAAUUACAGACAAAUAUAUGGAAAAUCUAAAGCAAGCCUCUGGAGAAAUUUAAGCACAGGUACGCCCCCCAAAUUUUUUAGGACAAUCCUUUGCUUUGUAGCUUUAGUUUUCAAUUGAAAUUUUUUUCAGAACAGCCGUUUUACGGAAAUUAUUCGACAUCAGAUUCUCAUACAAACACUGUAAUUUCUCUCACGUUUGCCUACACGUCAAGAUGGUGUCGAAAACCGUGACAGGGUCUAUUAGGACUUUCGAGAAACGUACCUAAGAUGUGGGCAUUUAUGUGAUCACUGAUGGUAAAACGUCAGUAGGCGCAUGCUCAUUACGUUUUGCACCUGUGCUUCGUCGAUCCAUCGCUGCUCCGUCUUGCUACUGUCCUUUCUUCUCGCUCUCACAAAACAAAAAUCUGCAAGCCAAAUCUGAUCUGUCUGCCUCACCACUAUGGCAUGCUUAAUCAAGUCUCUCGCUUUUCAAGACAAAAAGUGAGCCUUCGGAGAAGGUAAAUCAUAGAAUUAUACUUAUGUGUUAACAAAGGUUUUAGGAACAAAAUGCGAAAGUGCUCUUUGAUCAGUUAUGGAGGGUUUUGACAUUUCUUGUGUUGAAAUCAGCGAUAGAAACUAAAAAUCGAAAAAGAAACUAAUACUCAAAUACACUCGGAUGAAAAUUCGUUGUUUUAGUGCUUGUACACGCCUUGGUAAUAGUUAUUUUUAGUUAUUUUCAAAAGAAAACUAGUUGUUCGCUUUGGUUCAGUUCAUUAAGGUAAAACUAAAAGCAGAUUUGAAUUCUAGAAUCAUAAGUCGCAAUUUCAUGAUUUAUAAAUCAAGAAACUUGCGCUUACUCUAGGUUCUAAAUCUCCUUUUAAUUUCGACGAAAAAGGGCAUUUUCUUUACAACGUCGUUGCUUUUGCCUUCAUAGUCUACCUUAAAUAUCAUGCCCUCUCGUUUUAAUGCCGGCGUUGUUGCUGGAGUUAACGAGAACCGUCGUAAAAGAAAAACCUCAAUGCAAGGUCUUAAAAGCAAAACAACGGCCUUGCAAAUGCACCGCGACACCUUUUGGUGAAUUUCUUUGGCGUCUAUUUUUGACAAGAAAGACUAUUGCCUAAUGCGACGUAUUUUACACGAUUAUUUUCUUUUACCUUCUGAAGGUGGAUGCAGUUCUUGAGAAUAGUUCAACUCAGGAUUCAAUUCGUCAACAGUUUUUGUUAGCGUCGCGUUAAUUUCCUUCAUUUUGAACGCUUUACCCUCUUUUUGGAGUUAAUUUCCUGUAUUUGAAAGUCUUUUCCCACUGAAUUCAUGUUAAUUUAAGUCGCGUUAAUUUCCAAUACCUUAAUUUUCAUGGAGUGUUUAUUUCCUAUAAUAUGGUGUGGGGCAUCCGAGUUUGCUGGCCCCUACACGCGCGACGAAUAUAUAAACCUCGCUUCGCGAGGAAUAAUUCAAAAAUUUAAGAAAUCAUAACAAUGACUAUCAUAUCUAUAAAAUAGUGUCUUUUUCAACCGUAAAAAUAUGUUUUCCAAAAAGUGACAAUAAUGAUGACCACAACCCCGCCUACUCCCCCUCUCUUCACCGCACGACUGUAACUUGAUUCAUUUUUUUCAACUUGAGUUGUGUCUGGCAAACUCUCCAAGUGUUUAUAUAUACAGUUAUACGCACCUUAUAACUACGCUUAACGAGUGUCUUUUGGUCCUUCACUUUCAAAACAGCUGCUCCACAGAAUGUCACUGAUGACACGUAACGCUAAAGAGUAUCGUAGUAUGACAAUAAAAUUUACCUAAGCGGUCCCUUCGAGAUUUGUUAACCCCCAAAUAGGUAUUUUUGAUUAACUGCUACCCCUGUUUAUUGUGAUGUCACAAUACUCAAACUCCCACAAACUCUCUUUGGGUUUUUCUGAUUUACGUCAUCCUUACCAUCUUUUACUUGUGGGCGCAAACAACAGAAACGUGAUCAUUUAAUACCUUCCGAUUCCUUGCGGCCCCUGUUCAAGCAAAUGGAGAUUUUUUCUGACAUACUGACUGUAUGUUUCAACUGUAAGUACAGUAAAACCCCGCGUAUAAGUACCUGGAUUUUUUAAUUUAGCCUUAACGGGUUCUUAUAUAAAUGGUACUUGAAGCAAAUUCAGACCACCAAGGUUCUUAAAAUAGGUUCUUAUAUUUUCAUAUGAAUUUCAUUUCAGUAUAUUAUAAAUAUCAUCUCAUAAUACAAUAUAAAUCAUUAUACCAUCCUAAAAGGCAGUACAGUGCAGGUAUGUCCUUAACGAAACAUAACAAACAAACUCAAAGUCAGUUCCCUGAAAUGCCAUUUCAAAGUUGAUAUACUUUUACAGCAACUCCACUGAUAAGAACCUAACUUAAAAUUUUAGCCUUAAUAGGUUCUUAUGUGGAGGGGGCUUAAAAUGAAAAUUUUAGCCUAACAGGUUCUUAAAACCCAGGUUCUUAUACGCGGGCUAUUACUGUAUACGUGUAUUUUUGAAAAGCGGGUCAGCAAAAAUAUCAACUCAUUCUACUACUUGGCAAUUUAAAACAAAAAUACUCGUUCAAAGGUCGAUUAAAAGCCUUUAGUAAAAUCCAACUAAUGGUCUAUUAUCAAUGCUGCAUUCUGCUUGGUUGAGUUACUACUAGGCUAGGAUUUAAGUCUAGCUUUAACUAGCUAAAGUUGUUUUGUCUCAAUAUUUUUGACCAACUAGUUGAAUUUUACUGAAACAAUUAUUCCUCUCGCCCUCAUGGCCUCUGAGUUAAUAGCCCAUUCGGCCAUCGGCCUCAUGGGCUAUUGACUCGGAGCCUAUUCGGGCUCGAGGAAUAAUUUAACAAUUAAUGAAUGAGGCUGAGUAUCUUAUGAAGAAUUAUGGAGAUCCAGGCGGAUAACACCCUCCGAGAUCUCCAUAAUUCUUCAUAUGAUACGAAAGCCGAAUUCAAUAAUUGUUUUAUUAUUCAUUCAAAAUAAUUCCUAGUUUAAAAACAUGGUUAAAACAUGCUUUCCUCCAUUGAUGUAAAGUUCAUCUUCGAUAGUGCACGUUUAGGGUUGUUUAGCUCCGCAAAUGUUCUCCAAAUAGCAGACGUCGCCCUUCGAGUUGUCGUCUUGCUGUUCUUGCCAUGUUUUUAGCUAUGUUUCCGCCUAUUUCUUACUCUUGAAACGAGUAAAAUGUCCGGCACCUCCGGCACCAUUUUUCAAGCUCAAAAUCAAAACAACUCAACCUCGUCCCCAGGUCCUCUCGGUUAACGGUGCAUUUACCUGCAAGAACGCUGCAUUUUUGACGUCAUUUCCUCGCUAAACACAAACUUCUUCCAAAUUUGGUCAUCAGUAACUGAUUAUGGUGAAUUAAACGUGUGCUUUUAGCCAGUCAGAAUCGGGGAAAUAUUUUUAAUGAAUAAUAAUUGUUAUUUAUCUGACGCCGGGCAGUAAAUUAAUGGUCCCUAGAAGCAUUCCAACGAGUCCAAAUUGAAAAUGACGCAAAUUUUAAUUUAGAACAUUUAUUAAGUAAUCUGACUUCGCGAAGUUUCAAACCGGUGUCACUUCAGUCUAGAAAUUUUUAAGUUGAGUGAACUGCAGCGAAAGAGUACCUGGUUAAGGCUUACAUAAGAACUUAAAUAGUUAGACCGAAGAUUUAAUAGAAGAGACUACAAAGGGACUUCACGACUCGUGAACAUUGUCGGGGAAAGAAACAAAAGAGGUUUUCAUCUUUCUUACAAAAUCUGUCAGGAUCCGGUAUUCUGUGCGUUCGUGAUGACGUUUUCCGGACCGAAGACUUUCAUAGAGGAGACUACGAAGCGACUUCACGACGCGUACACAAUUCUAACCUUUAUUGAACAUGACAUGUCUGCCCAAUUGAACUGUUCUCUACCCAAUCUUGUACCUCGAGUCUUCGUCUCGUACUACACAUGCUGGCUUUCGGAACGAAGACGCAGAGAAUGAGAGAGUCCCCUACCCUUAAGGUCAGGAAGAAGUUCCCGAUUCUAAUCCAGACGGGCGAGCACUAGAAGCAGAGCCAGAUGGACUCGAGGGAGAAGACCUUCGCUGAGUUCUAGUUAGAGUAGACCUCACUAACUGGGAAAUUUAGUCUCGCACCCUAAUUCCCUUCUCCUUCCCUUUCGAACGCCUGCCACGCAGGCUACAUAUCUCAGGUAUCUGACGUUGGACAGACUCAUUCAUCUCCGAAUAUUAAAAACAUAAUGUUAAAAAUCAGGAAGUGCCAUAUUGUCAUCGUAAAGGCACUCGAACAAGUUCCCCAUGUUAUUUAGUUAGUCACUAGCACUCUGCGAACGUCUUCUACCCCGAAUCCAUUUGGCUCUGCUAGCUCUUAUGACCGCCUGUCAGGAUUAGAAUCGGAAGAGCCUUCCUGAAGUUCAGGGUAGGGGCACUCUAAUUCACAGCAUCUUCGUUCCGAAAGCCAGCAUGUGUAGUACGGGACGAAGACUCGAGGUAUAAGAUUGGGUAGAGAACUGUUCAAUUGGGCAGACAUUUCAUGUUCAAUAGAGGUUAGAAUUGUGUACGCCGGAGUCGUGAAGUCGCUUCGUAGUCUCAUCUAUUAAAUCUUCGGUCCAGAAAACCUCAUCACGAGCGCACAGACUACUGGCUGAUUUUGUAAGAAAGAUGAAAACCUCUUUUGUUUCUUUGUAUGACAAUGUAUGUUUCGCCAUGGCAUUCUCUUUGAAAGCACUCGCGUCCACUUCAAAGUUUUCAAAAUGUUCGCUCAAGGAAGAUAAUGAUUCUGUCUCCAUCCACUUGUACGCAAAUCCCUAACCACAAAACAAGCAAAAAAAAAAAAAAAAAAAAAAAAACAUAAGCAAACAACACAAGUAAAGAAGCUAUUAGACAGGGAAAGUUGAGAACAAUUACAAAAUGUUUGCUAACCCGGUUUUCGUAACUCCAGGUAGAAGUACUUUCCUAAUGUACGCACGACUUACUAGGUUGCCUCCUCGGAAGGCGAAAUCCCUGCGGGGGCAAUAACUACGGUUACGAACUAGAUUUCUUUGAUGUGAUUGAUCGUCUUUGGACUCAGUGUGUAAUUAAGUGGCCGGGACUUGCUGCCAUUUCCUCAAAUCUUACAGAUAUGGACGUCAUCGUAAUAUUCAGUUUGAACGAUGAAAGUAGGAACCGUCGUUGAUGAUAUCUUUUUCCCACUUCCUGAAAUUAAAGCUGUGCUUCAAUUGCGGUUUUCAUUGAAGAUCCGGACAUGUUUUUGUUCCACUCACGGCAAAAAGUGGUGGUUUGAAAACCAUCCUCCACAAUUUCUCCUUCCUCGUGAAGUGAGAAAAGAAAACCCACUGGCUUUAAUCAAGAGACUUUUUGGGCGGAAAAUUAAAGUACCUUCAUCUUUGCUGGAGGGUCGAGUGGGGGAUUGACGUCAUUAUUAUUGUCACUCAUUGAAAUACAUAUAUUUUACGAUUGAAAAGGACGCUAUUUGGUUAUCAUAACCAUUGUUUUUAUUUUUUUUUUAUCAUUCCGAUUUUUUUUGUUCAUUAUUUUUUAUCCCGUUACUCGUUACUGCGUUACUCUGUUCUGUUUAGUAACACCCAUCUUUGUGGCAGACCACUUGAGUUCCACCCAAAUCGACACUUAUUUUAAUUUUUGAAACGCUUUGCAUUGUUCGAAGCCUGCGUUAGCGACUACAGUGUAUAAAGCUCAAGUAUUAACCCUUUUGGGACGGCUAGGGUCGUAUACGACCCAUAUGGAACGAUGUAUACAUUCCUCCCUGGAACCAUUUAGCUUUGAGUUGAAGUUAAUAAAUUGGUAAGCAACAACGUCAGCAAAGAUAUAUCUCGUUUUGAUAUACCUCGUUUUGGAUAUUCUGACCAAUCCUGGCAGAAUUACACUUACAAAAGAAGGUAACAUUUUGGGAAAAUCCACUGCCAAUUGCGCUGUUUACAUACUACUCUUUCAAAAUUAAAUUUUGUCCUUUUGCUGGAAAGUUAGCCAGCCACAAUUCCAUGCAAAAGAAAGACGAUAACGUGGGCAACAAAAUAGCUUAUGAAAAAGAAAGGCAAAGGAAAAAAGAGAGCGAGAGAGAAAAUCGAAAUAGAUUCGCAAAAAAAGUCCGAAUUUUGGCUUUUGCGCAUGCGUGAAAAACAGAUUACUCGGAAAAUAUGCCUUUUUUCUUGCAAAACUCAUUUUUAGCCAAUCUUAUGCUAAUUAAAACUAUUUCAAAGACGAGGAAUUGGUGAAAAAUGCGGUUUUUUCACUACUCGCCGGCCGUCACCAAAGGGUUAAAACUUGAGAUUUUAAUCAUUUGUUGUCAUGUGACCAAUUUACGUGACAACACUGAGCAUUUAUUGCUGAUGAAGACUGUGCGAAACAGUCGAGAGAUACAAGACCAAAAUCUGAGACUCUGAGACUAGACUUUAUUUUGUCAAAUAAUAAUAAUAUCAAUAACAAAUACUUAAAAAUAAAAUAAGACGAUAUAAGACUAUAAGACUAAUAUAAGAUAAGACUAAUAAUAAAUUAAACCAUUAUUAAUAAAAUUCCUAGAAAGCUGGGUCUUUGAAUUAUUUUUAAAAGUACGAUUUGCGAUUUUACCGUAACCAAGCGAUUUCUCGCAAGCUGAUUGGUCGAGAGCUAUGUUCGAGAAGAGUACAGAGCAUGGAAAUGAAUGACGUAAUUGUGGCGCCAUUUGUUUUUCUCCUUCAACGGAGAUAGACGUGAAAAACUGUCAAUGUUAUUGUAAAUAACAAAUCGACAAUAAUUUUCCAUGGUCUGUACUCUUAUCGACCAUAGAAUUAACGUGAAAAUAUUCCAAACUUUCCCAUUACAGGCGAGACGAGAAACGCAACGCCUUGUGUCAUCUGAUGACGAUAACGACCUUGUGACGCGAUCCCGCUCGUUCCCCGAAGACAACAUUGAGUCAGAUCAAAUAUGUUACAUUAGCUACCAAGGACACCAUGUUUUGCAUGACAGAUAUCACUGGCUUGGAUAGCGAAGUCAAAUCUCAGACUAUCGUGACUACAGCGGCAGGUAAGCAAAAGCCAUCGGGGGCUACAACCCACAUAUGGCGUCGACGCCGGGAUUUGAACCCGGGCCACAUUGGUGGGAGGCGAGUCCUCUCACCACUGCACCACCAUUGCUCCCCAAUGGUGGCGAAAUAUAUAAUGAUAUGCUUUCGCUAAGACUUCAAGUUGUCGGAUAUAUGCAAUCAUUAGGUGGGGAUUUGAACAACAAGUUCACUUGGUCCUCAUUUCCUUUUGUUGCCCAUGAAAGUAGCCGGGGGUCAUACGUAGUGUCCGGACUGAUGAAACCGCUUAGUGACAGCCCUCGCGUUUUAAGUCAUUCGCUGGUUCAGUAUAUUUGCUGGUUUUAUUGCCGUUAUUGCCUGCUAAACCUCACUCGUUUCUCUUCCUUGCAUGGGCUGCCGGUAAUUCAACCAGAGAAGACAAAAUGUGUGAUGAACAUGACACAUCGAAACAAUACUAUUUACAGAGGUCCACGAAAGUAUGCAAAAGAAAGCCUCGCCUGCGACAACAAAAUAACCGCGGUAAAUCUUACAGCAACAAACCUACAUCUCCGCCUCUUGUUAUUGGGCAUACAAAUUAUUUCCGUCUAACGUUAACAGGGGAUGGUUGCUAUGAGAAUGGUCAUGAAGAUAAUGACGGAGUAGAAGAAGACAAAAAUUCUAGUCACACGAGCAGACGUCUUGUAGAUAGUGUUGAACAUGCAGAUUAUUCCUUUGAUAAAGACAUUGGUAACAGUGAUGAUGCUGCCGGCGAAAGUAACGGAAGUGAAAACAAAGAUGGACACUGCAUCCUGAAUGGCGACAGCAGUAAGGAUGCUGAAUGUCAAACUGGUGGUGCUAAUGAACUAGGCGAUAGGCACGGGCACGAUGUUGAUGGCAAUGAUGACGCUAACAUAGGCAAUGGUAAUGCUGACCACGAUAAUGAUAAUGAUGGGGCCAAUGCUGGUUCUACUGUUGAAAAUGACGAUGACAGUGAUGGUGGGGGUGGUGAUGGUAAUAAAGAUAGCAGUGGUGACAGAGUCAGAUCUCAGACAAUCGUUAUUACAGCGGGGGACAACAAUGGUAACACGGCGAGUUAUCCACCAAGCCUAAAACCGAAGACUUCGUCACCAAGAUUACCUCGAGGAAAUUGGGCGGAAUUAGAUUACCUUUACAAAAGUAGAAUACCAUCUCUGGAGGUGACAGGCAUCAAUCAGAAAUUUCUUGAGCGGCACACGACAGAUCUAAGUCUACAGAAUGUCUCGCAGCCUGGUGAUUUUAAUCUUCCGAAAAAUUCCACGCCGCUUGCGGAAUGGCCCAUGUGGAGUCUGCCACCUCCUGACGCUUCUGAAACUGGACAUCGAUGGCGUCACUCGAGUGGACUGCAACCUUCCGUUGUGGGUAAUCAAACUGGGGGACAAAGUAACUGGCAGUUUUGGAAUCAACCUUCCAGGGAGAUGAAUAACUCAAAUUUUAAUCCCCAAGAACAAAAGUCGUUUAAUCAUAUCGAUCCGUGGUUUGCAAGUGGCGCGGAGUCGUUCACUGGUCUCAGAAUAUCCGAUAGCCUUCCAGCCACAAAUGGCACCAUAUCUGGUAGCUUAUUUAACACACAUGCUGCGAUGGCAAGCUCUCAUGAACCCAAGUGGCGUUACUCGGCCAAUAAUUCUUAUGGGUCGCAUUUAAAUAGUCCCACUUAUCGUGGGCUUUCUGUGCGCGAUGGGCCACCUGUAUCAAGGUUGCCUACAGUAAAAUCGCAUGCGCCCGUGGUAUGUCCCAGCGUCACCAUCCCAGUCAGGGAGUUGCAGCCUACUGCGAGUGUAACAUCUCAGAGUGUACCUUCAUACAGCUAUCAAUCCAAUGUGUUGCCUGAAAAUUUGCAAGAACGUUUCAUGGGGCCUUCCUUUACAGAAAACCAAGAAGCUAUCAUUUCAUCUGCUUCAAGAAUAGAGGAGCAGAGAGCUGGUACUGAGGCAUCAUCACUGGAAUUCCCGGAUGACCCUUCACUUGCCGCACUGGAACGCAAGGUAGCGGAAGCAUGCGCAGUAGUUAAAAGGGUUAUGAAAGAACGCGAAGAAAGAACAAAGCGCAGCGUGAGGCAGCGCGGAAGAGAAGAGAGAUGA